CCAGUGCUGUGUGUGCAGCAAGCCCUUCCCUCUGCAGCGCAUGCUGAAGCGCCACCUCAAGUGCCACAGCUCGGUCAAGAAGCACGUCUGCAGGUACUGCGGCAAGGGCUUCAACGACACCUUCGACCUCAAGAGGCACCUGAGGACGCACACAGGCAUCCGCCCGUACCGCUGCUGCGUCUGCGACAAAGCCUUCACCCAGCGCUGCUCCCUGGAGUCGCACCUCAAGAAAAUCCACGGCGUCCAGCAACGGUACGCUUACCGCGAGCGGCGCUCCAAGCUCUUUGUGUGCGAGGAGUGCGGCUUCACCUGCGGCGAGAGCGAGGAGUACUACGGCCACGUCCGCAGCCUGCACCCCAGCCACGGGCUCCUGGCCAGAGGUUUACAGAGGGUGGCGCCGGCCGACCUCCAGCCCAGGUUCCACGUCCUCUACCCUUCCGCAUACUGA